AUGCGGCCCCAGACAAAUCGCAUACGUUUGCUUGAGCGCUCAAUACGGAAUGCACCGACUACACACAGCGUAGAAUCGCAAUGUCCCCGCCAUUUCUCUCAUAGGCCUCCCCGCCUUCUCCUCGUCUCGCACCGAAGCCUGCCGCGACCGCAACUGCCUUUCCUCUACCCUUCCGGCGCAUACCUCUCCAACGCUCAACUGUCACGUCUGUUCUCCAUUAGUGCGAACCAGAAGAAGUUCAUCAAAGAGACGGCACGGGAAACGGUCAAAUGGACGUUGCUCAUUUUCUUCGCAACAUCGUGCUUCAGCAUUGCAAGCCUGGGCAUCUUGAGCGAAAGGCAGGAGCGCGCAUUUCCGUCACCACACGAAUGGAGCUUGAUCACAAGGUUCAGAUUUCGGAGAGGGAAGUGGUGGCAGGUGCCGGAGAACAAUGAAGAGGAAGGUUUCCCAAACUGGGCUAGGGUCUAUGACGAAUUAGAGCGGGCAAUGAAGCGGCUGGAGAACCCAGACAAGGAUGGCGCCGGGAUAGAAGAGCAAGAAGAAGGUGGACUGCUGGUACCUGGCGUAGGAAAGGCAGGCUUCGACCUCACGGCUAAGAGCGAGGAAUGGCGGCAAGGCUACUACGAGGUCCUGAUGGGCAUGGCCACAGCAGCUGAAAGAUUAGAGGGCUGGGUCACAACCAAAUCGCGCCGCUACGUCUGGGCACCUGAAUUUGUUCCCUCACCUAGCAAUCCGCGACCCAAAGCCACGCUUCCAUCCCAGCUCCCUAUCCCCGACGAGGAGGACCGCAUACCUGCCGCCGAUCUACCAGAGACUUUCUAUCUCAAGAUCAUAACCUCUAAAGGCUUCACUACGAACCAACGCAUGACCGCAGCCCUCGGCUAUGCAGAUUGGCUUGCCUUCAAGCAGCUCCCCGACUCUGCAGAAGAAAUGUACAAAUGGGCCCUCGACAUCGCCACCUCCGGCCUCCCCACGCCCGACUCGUCUACAGCCAUCGACCCUAGAGCACAUGUUCUUUCCUCCACAUCCCCCAAAGAAUUGAUAACGCCCAACAUCGUCUAUGCUGCGACAAACCUCGCCACCUUCCACGCUUCCCAAGGACAUACCACAACCGCUCUCCCCAUCCUCGUCUCCCUCCUCCGCGCCCGUCUAGCCGCUGACUCUGCACCUCCAAAAGGCGACAACAAGCCUCAAGAUUCCAGCUUCGUCGGCACAGUCUUGAGUCUACUAUCCGAGCCCGCGUACCCUGAUCUUCCACCUACCGGCGAUGAAGUUCUCCUCCGCCGUCCCGAGGACCGCUGCGAAGAAGCAGCGCUAAAGUCUUACAUCGGAGAGAUACUCUUCGCGGUCGCUACUUCCCCAUCCGGGCGGUCUCAAGGCCUUUCCUGGGUGCGAGACGCCGUUUCAACAGCUAAAACCGCGCAAUUAGACAUACCCAGCAUACAGAGUAACCCAACGCUGCGCAAGAAGUGCGAGCAGUGCGAAGAGGUCGGACUUGAGGCGUGGGGAAAGAUUAUGACGUACCUCGCGGCUGAUGCGCGUGAGAAACGCGACUCCGUGGAGUCAAGUAUCAUGAAGAAGCUGUGGUGGAAGCUGUGGCCGGGGGCGACGCAGAAGUUGCGUGAGGACGUUGAGGCUAAGGAAGGUGAAGAAGAGGGCGUUGUCAUGCGGUUGAAUAAGCUACGGGGAAAGAUGCUGAAGGAGGAGUAUGAGGAGAUGGAUAGGAAGUAUGCGAGGACGUUCGUCUUCUAG